AUGUUGGAUGAAGCUGCGUCAUCUGAAUCCACAAGUGCGAUAGCAAAGAAGAAAGAAUUACUUAUGCAACGAUUACAGCAGAGAAGACCAGUUAAGCAGUCAGAUAUACAGCAAGCAAAACUACGUGAGGAGGAAUUGACUGAGGUGCUAAAUCGUGCGAGAGAACAAGCAGAGUCAGGAGUUGUAGAUGAGGAAACAAUCAAAACCUUAGAAGGAUUUCUCUCCUUAGAAUGUUGUGGAUGGUCCGCAAGACGAAUCCAAGACGUUUUGGAGCUGUUGCGAAAGGCUACUAUACGCGCUGGCAUUGAAGGUCCACAGAGCACGACGUUUUCUUUUUCGGUCUCAAAAAAGCAAAAAAGCUCCAUUACAUCGGAUAGUCCUAAGACGCAACCAUCUGCUCCUUUAGAGGCACCAUAUAUUCAAAAAGUUUCUUCUGAUAACGCAAUCAGUUAUUCAGAUUUGACCGGCGAAAAUCUAAUUAUCACGGGUAAAGAUGGAAAUGAUGUUAAAUUGAAAGGAAUCAAAAACUGCCAACUAUCGUUUGUUUUUCGUCCUUCUACAGUUCAUAUUCAAGGAUUGUGCGACUCCAAGCUGGUCUUUCUCCCUGUUGAAACAUCCAUACUUAUGUAUGAUUGCUCAAGGUCACAAAUUUUUGCGAGCGCUCAACAACUACGUAUUCAUACGUCUAAUGAUCUUCGCCUUCAUGUUGGUGUUCGUGCAGCUGUUAUAAUUGAGUCUUGCACUAACAUUCAAAUGUCUCCUUACAGAGUGGUUUUUAACGGAGAGCCUGUAGAAGCUCCACCAGGUGACGCAUGGAAGCGACCGAACGACUUUGAUUGGUUAGCUGAAGGUCAGAGUCCAAAUUGGAAAAUCGCUUCAGAAGGCGAUUGGGAGACAGCAGUGAUUAAUUCCACAAUGCAAUGA